AUUAAAUCAUGUCAGAUCCGCUGUACUCUCCUUCGAAUAAACCUCACGAUCAUGGUCCACGGACUGCAUUUGGUUUGAUUUUCGGUCCAGAAAUUAACCUUCUGAUGACUCAAAUCAAGCACAAUCAAUUCGCUACACGCAAAGCAAGAUUCUACCUCCAGUGAAGAGUUUUUCUCCUUUUUACUUAAUUAGUGAAAUUGUGACUCUUGAACCACUGGUGUGUAAAUGUUGCAUGUUUUCCAAAUGACCCUUGAAAAUAGUAAAACCAAAGAGCCUUAAAAGUGUUCAGCCUAAAUGUGAAUAAAUUUAGACUUGAAGAAGUGUGCGGGCUACAGAAUUUCUAAGUUCUGCAAUAGUAGAUGAUAUGCAACGAUAUGAUUGCUCAAAUGAUAUUCUUUAAAACUGUACUGUAUGAAUGACAUUAACGUCUUCUCUUUGUUUAACCUAGAGAUGAAUCAGCCAUUUCCUUGCAUUAGUUGAUUCUUAUGUUAUGUUUGGAUACAUGUCAUUGUGAUGAUAGUUAUGGCUCAACAAGCUGUCAGCAGAAUGAACAACAAUUCAUGGAGAACGAUAUCCCCCAUGAGAGUAACGGUAACGUGCACCUUCUAGAUGAGAAAAAAAAUUUCAAUCACCAGAAGGAGGAAUUUGUGGACGAUGAUGUCCAUCAUGAAAGAAAUAGGGGUGGGCACCUGAUAGAUGAGCACAAUUUAUCUGGUCAGCAGAAUGAGCAAUUUAUGGAUAGUGAUACCCCCAACAAGAGUGAUGGUAGCAGGACCCCGAUAGAUGUGAACAAUUCUCUCAGGCUAGUUAUGCCAGGUGAAACUGGUGAAGGUUUGCCAUAUGCUCCAAUAGAUUGGCCGAAUCCUGGUGAUAAUUGGGAAUGGAGAGUUGGAAGGAGGGUUAACUCCUCUGGGUGCUUCCAGGAUAGAUUCAUUUACCUUCCAAAAAGCAUUCAUGGAAAAAGGAAGAAGAUGUUUGCUAGCAAGCCUGCUCUUGAAAGUUUUAUUCGAACCGAAUUCCCAAGUGCAGAUGUUGAUGCAUUCUUUGCAUCGUUUACAUGGAAGAUACCAGCAAAAGUGCAGUCUCCAAAAGAAGUAAAACCUGCUCCUCUUCCUCUUGAGAAUCCUCCUGAGGAUGGAACUUUGAAAGUUCAAGAAGGGAAUGUAGAAAAUCCCCGUUAUGGUCGGAGGCAAAGGAAGCAGAUUUUACCCAAGUUAACUGAAGAAGCUGAAGAAAAGAAACAAAAAACACCACGGUCCAGCCAGAGGAAAAGAAAACAGGAUGCAAAACAGGAUACACCUACAUCGGCAUCCGCAUCUAAGCGAAAAGCUACACGUUCUUCUAAACGAUCUGUGUUUCAUGCUGCUGGUGGUGAAAUUGGAAUAACUGAGACUGAACCUGCAGUUAAUGUGAUCCCGGAGGGUUUUGAUAACUAUCUCAGUUCGUUAGAAGACAUUCUUACCCAACCUCACCCUGAAACCCAAGUAUCAUACUCUGCAAGCUCUGAUACUCUUACCGAAAGUGAUAUGGCUAAAGAUCGAAGCAAGCUUUGUUCCCUUCUAGCCAUGGAUUUUCCCACUUUGGUCUCUUCCAGAAACAUUUCCAAACUUACUAGUCUAGCUUCCAAACUACUGAAGGAUCCCACCCUCAGUGCUGAACAACUUGUUAAGUUAAAAUUGAUUGAGGAAAUCCCAUCGUACAGCGAGGUUUUUGUUGAGAGUAGGCAAACAAUAGAGCAAGUUAACAAUUUGUUUGGUAUCCUUGAGGCAAACAAGGCGAAGGUUAACUCUUUGAGGAAUGAAUAUAAUGAAUUGAAGGAAAGAGCAGACCAGCUCCAGUCACAGGUUGAUUCCAACUUACUGACCGUGCAGGAAAUUGACAAUCAAAUUUUUCAACUUCAGACCUGGCGAGGGGAGCUUGUUAGUACAAUUGAGAAUAACAAGGCAGCAAAGGUUGAGGUGGCCUCUGCUCAAGGGAUGGUGGCAAAUUCAAUUCCAACUGUUGUGCGUGAUAUUCAGGUUGCCAACUCCAAAAUCCCAGAAUGGGAGCUAAAAAGGACAAAUGCUGAAAAGCGUGAAGCUGAAAUUCUGGAAAAGUUUGCCCCUCUAAAAGGGUUUUCUUUGUAGCAGACAUUGUCUUUUUUCUUUUUAGGUUGCCAUGGGAGUCGAGGUAAUGGCUUUAAGCUUAUGUCUCCAUAUUGUUAGUGUUUAUUGACUUGCACCUAGAAACUUGCAUAGAGUUAUCUAGACUUUUAGCAGCAGAUGCCCUACAUGCCCUUUUGUACUGCUUGUUUCUGCACGGGAACAAUCCUAUAACAGUAACAUCUAUGGUUAAAUAUGAAUUGGGUUUAGGUGAUGAUA